UUGGGGUCCAAAGCUCCAUCUUGUCCAAAACCCAAGUGGUCUGUUCUGGUUUUGAGUGUGAGAGAGAGAGAGAGAGAGAGAGAGAGAGAGAGAGAUUUAAAGCCUUCUCUAUGGGCAUAAAAUUUUCGUGCACAUAGAAAGACUCGAACCCCAAAAGAAGAGAGAGAGAGAGAGAGAGAGAGAGAGAGAGAGAGAGAAGAGAGAAAUCAAAUGGGAGAGGUCCAAGAAAAUCCCAAACUUUUAUGCUCUUUCAAAUCUCCAUGAAACUUAGAGGAAAGCUUACAUUUUCGCAAUCUCUAAUUUAACUCUCUUCGUUUUUUUUUAUGAAACUGGUUCAGGAAGAGAAGAAGCCUGAAGCGGGGGGAGAGGAAACGAAAAUGGAGGAGAAGAAGCCGUCGGGAGAAGAAGAGAAGAAAGAGGAAGAGAAAAAACAGGGAUCAGAAGAGGAAAAAGAAGAUGCUAAGAAGAAAGCCCAGGAAGGAUCUAAAGAUUCUCAGAAAGAUUCCAAAGAAGAUUCUCCUCCUCCGCCUCAAGAGAUCGUCCUCAAGGUUUACAUGCACUGUGAAGGCUGUGCUCGUAAAGUCCGCCGCUGCCUCAAAGGCUUCGAAGAUAAAGGAGUGGAAGAAGUGAAGACGGAUUGUCGAAAGGGAAGAGUGGUGGUGAAGGGGGAGAAGGCAGAUCCGUUGAAAGUGUUGGAGAGAGUCCAACGGAAGACUCACCGCCACGUCGACCUCUUGUCUCCGCUUCCUCCGCCGCCGGAGAAUAAGCCGCCGGCGGUGGAGGACAACCCUAAGCCGCCGGAGGACAAGAAAGAAGAGGCUCCGCCGGUGGUGGUGACGGUGGUUCUCAAAGUUCACAUGCACUGCGAGGCUUGUGCCAUGGAGAUUAAGAAACGUAUCCAAAGGAUGAAAGGUGUUGAAACAGUAGAAGCCGAUCUAAAGAGUUCACAAGUAAAUGUGAGAGGAGUGUUUGAGCCGCAGAAGCUAGUGGAGUACGUCUACAAACGCACCGGCAAACACGCCGUCGUCAUUAAGGUCGACCCUCCGCCCCCGCCGCCCGUUACCGAGCCUCCGACCGCCGCCUCGGAAGGCGACGAGAAGAAGAAAAACGAAGGGGAUGGAGAUAAGAACGAGACCAAGACCGAGGAUGGAAAACCAUCGGACGAGGAAAAGAAAGAAGCGGGAGGCGGCGGGGAGGGAAAACCCGUGGAAAACACGGGUAGCGGGGAAGGAGGCGGCGGUGGCAGUGGGGACGGGGCCGAGGAGGGGAAAGUAGUGGAGGUUAAGAAGAUGGAGAAUCCUUACUACUUCUACUAUUACUAUCCACCGCCGGUGGCGGUCGAGAUGUACGCCUACCCGCCGCAAAUGUUUAGCGACGAGAAUCCGAACGCUUGUUCCGUAAUGUAAUGCGAAGGAAACGCGAAACGCUAGAACGCUAAACGCGGACGUAGAGGGUAAAAUGGUAAUAUUAGGUAAAUUUUGGUUGAUGGGGUUGCGUUGCAGAGGAAAGUGUAAGGAGCAUGUGUGGCCUCUGUCUAAUGUUAUCUGCACACCUUAAAGUGUGACUAUAGACAAAAACUGUCUAAUUUUGAGGUCAUAUAUAUACACAUGCAUGCAUAUAUAUGGUGUAAGUUUUCUUUCAUCAUAUGUAUUUUUAAUGUAUGGUUUAAUAUUUUAAAUAA